AUGACUGCUGUGAUUAAGAGCAAGAGCUACUUGGCGGCCGAUUUGCUACAGGGCCAAGUGGCCAUCGUCACCGGCGGGGGCACCGGCAUCGGAAAGGCCAUAACGACUGAACUCCUGCACCUGGGAUGUAAUGUGGUCAUUGCAUCUCGUAAAUUUGACAGAUUAAAACUGACUGCAGAUGAACUCAAUGCCAGCCUGCCUUCCAACAGCCAGGCUCGAGUCACUCCUAUCCAAUGCAACAUCCGUAAGGAAGAGGAGGUGGAUAAUUUGGUCAAAACUACCUUAGAUCGUUAUGGUAAGAUUAAUUUCUUGGUGAACAAUGGAGGAGGCCAGUUCCUGUCUACCGCUGAACACAUCAGUGCCAAGGGAUGGAAUGCUGUGGUUGAAACCAACUUGACAGGCACCUUCUAUAUGUGCAAAGCAGUUUAUAACUCCUGGAUGCAGGCACAUGGCGGAUCUAUUGUCAAUAUCGUUGUCCUUACUAAAAGUGGAUUUCCAUAUGCUGCCCAUAGUGGAGCUGCAAGAGCAGGAGUUUGCAAUCUCACCAAGACCUUGUCCUUGGAAUGGGCCAGCAGUGGAGUACGACUCAACUGUGUUGCGCCUGGUGUAAUUUAUUCCGAGACUGCAUUUGCCAACUACGGUGAUAGGACAGCAGAACUGUAUUCGAGUAUUCACCAAAUUCCAGCCAAAAGAUUUGGAACACCUGAAGAGGUCUCAUCCAUGGUCUGCUUCUUGCUGUCCCCUGCAGCUUCCUUCAUCACUGGACAGGUUGUGGAAGUGGAUGGCGGCCAGUCUAUGUAUAUUAACUCAUUCUGGGUACCAGAUCAUGACAACUGGCCUGAAGGAGCAGGGGACAUGACCGGUCUAAAAAAGUUGAAGGAGAAAGUGAAACCUGUGUCUAACCUCUAA